AUGAAACCCGAGAUCUCCAAGGUUCGAAAGCGGAAGCGCGCACUUCAGAAGGGUCAAAUUCGGGUACCUGAGCAUUGGAUUCAUCCAACUCAAAAACCUCAAGUUCAAGAAACUUUGAUGCGAAAUGUCAAUGGACUUCCUCGAGAGUUGCUCUUCCACAUCCUUCGGCAGCUGCGACAGAGCUCACGCGCUGAUCACGACGGCUCCUUCCUCAAUGCUCUUACUACCUGUUCAGUCUGGCACGAUAUCGGGAAGGAAAUCAUUUGGACAGACAUCUGCAUCACCAACACAUCACUGGCCAAGUUCUCAAGCUCGGAAAGUGUUAACCUUGGACUCACACGGUCUUUGACGUUGAGCUUCCACACACGACUUCCCAUACCCAACCCGCCAUUUGUACCGGCCUCGAUUCGCGAGAUCUAUCUCCCUCGAGACCGACAGGCUCAGGAAAUGACCCUGCAGACUCUGGCGCUAUGGGAACAUCUCGACAAAAUACCUGCUGUGAUGGAGAGAAUGAAAGCAUUGGAAAGCUUCAGCUUGGUUGUUUCUUCGCCAGAAGGUGGCUCUCCAGGCUUCUACAUCAACCACUACCAUAUUGUGGCCCUCUUGCGAGCAUUGCCUGCCUCCGUGCAACAUUUGGAACUGGACACAGAAGGAUUCUGGGACUGCAAAGAGUCACAUGCGGAAAACCACCACGUCUGUCCUGCUGUUCGACAACUCAUCCCACGUCUGAGAUCAUUACGCUUACGUAUGCGCUGGCUAUGCGAAGAGUUGCUGUCACUGACCAGUUCUCUGUCCGGAGCAGUAUCCAGAGAACCUAUUGCGGACGCCAUUUCGAAUUCCGCUGUGCUCCAUCCGGGCUCAAGCGUGGUCAAAGGCAGUUCUUUUGUGAUCAAUACAACAGGACCGUUCGAGGACACGCGCCAACUGCAUUGCUUCUUACUUCAUGAAGACCACUAUCAAACACAUGGGUUGUUCGUGGCUUCCCUCGUCACGGCUAUGAGGAUUGCGAUAAGCGAAGGAAGACUGAGACAGUUCGGGCAUUGCAGCAUAAUCACUUUGUUGGACGCCGAAACUCCGGUGCAUGGUUCCACACCUCGUUCCGCCCUACAGUCUAAUACUGUCUUCGCAACUGUUCUACUUCCAUACGAAGCACAAUGCAAAGCCCCUGCACUUUACGGUUAUGGCCGGUAUGGUCCUAGGCCAGAGCAUAGGAAUAGGUGGUCAGCAAUCCGCUAUCCCAACCGACUUGGGGGCGCCAUUGAUAUCGAGCAGAUAGCCCCUCGACGUCAGAUUUCAACUGUCAUUGAAGGUGAUGUUGUCGGCGGGGUGUGGGCAAGUAUGGCCGAUGGAUGUAGAGCUCCGCGGCUGUACCUUGAGCAGAGACCAUAUCUCAAAGGUGUACUUGGUCCGGACAAUGUUUUUAGGCGCCGCACGACUCUUGGCAGGGGGAUCUAUCAACCCUUGCAACCCAUUUGGGAACUGGAGGAAGCCUGCGGCAUUCGUCUGCUACGAUCUGAGGCGAGCCACCAGCUCGAUGACUUUCAACUACUCUCCAGAGACAUGACUCCACGUGAGAAGAUAUGCCGCCAGAGAAAGGAAGCAAGAAAGCGUGGUCGCCAUGUGCCAUAUGACGCAUUUUAUGACGAUGUGGGCCUACCAGACGAUUCAGCUUCCGAAGCAGACGAAGACGCAGCAGAUGGCAACCCAGCAGAUGGCAACCAAGCAAACGGCAACCAAGUAGACGGCAACGAAGCAGACGGCAACCAAGCAGACGGCAACCAAGCAGACGGCAACCAAGCAGACGGCAACCAAGCAGACGAGGACGCGAACAUAGAGCCUGAUGCAGCAGCCCCACCAACUGCUAACGCUGGUGACAACAAUGAGCAAACUGCCACUGAUGCCACGACACAUGACACAACUUCCUUCAACGACACCCAGGGCAGUGAUAACCAUCAGGAUGCUUCUCAAAGUGGGCCAACCAGCGCGGGUGAAGAUAUCGGUGGGGAGACUCCCGCUCAUGAAGACGAUGAAGCUACUGAAAACAAUCGAGAAAUUGAACUUCAUCAAGGGAUUGAAGAGACUCAAGUGACCGAAGGGACUCAUGUCACUGAAGAAACUCAUGUCGCUGAAGACACUGAAACCGUCCGGGUUCACAGUGGAGAAGCCAGCAUUUAUAAGACCGGAAGCGUUACUGUCAUCACAAAUGGCCAGGACGAAAUUUUCCGCAAAGGCGAAGAGCGUUGCCAUCUGCGGUCUGGGGAGCAUGCAAUUAUGGUCAAUGAUUUUUCUGAAUAUCACUUUCUCGAAAGUGGGGAGGACAGCAUAACCGUAUUAGGCGACGAACACACUGUUCGGAGUGGGCAACGAUGCAUCACCACAGAGGGUGAUAGAUUCACCUUGCAGAGCGAUCGAGCCAGCAUUGUUAUCGGACCUGGAGGACCCAAUGCCUCUAGUGGGGAGCUUUCUAUCAAUCAAGAGCAUGGAACCACCGUGAUGCGCAGUGGGAAACUCUGCAUCUCCCAAUGUGACGGCGAAUAUCUUAUCAAAUAUGAUGGAAAGGUCAUUGCAGAAGGCCCGUUGGGUGGUCUUGAUCAAGCGGAGACUCACGACACUGAGACACAAAACCACGAUCCUGAACCAGAGAAACACGACCUUGAGCCAGAGGAACAUAUUGAUCAACGACAGUCUCUGAAUGGUCAGAUUGAUGCUCAUGAGCAGGGCAACUUAGUGGUUCCACUGUACAAGCAAGCUCUCUUUGUGGUAAGAGUGGUCGGACUGCUGAUCAUGAGAAUUUGCCUGAUAGGAACAUUGGGGUUGGUACUGUUGGCUAUCAAUGGGAAGGUGGCCUUGAUGCCUUCUGUGAAAGAAUCUGGAAACUGA